AUGGAAGAGCGCUUCGAUGUUCGACGAGGAGGCGCCUCCUUUCUCCUCGUUCUGCUCCGUGGUUUGCAGCUGCUCCUGGAGUCGGAGAAGGCAGGGUCCUGGGACUAUUUCAUCAACCUCAACGACAACGACUACCCGAUCACUCCAGUCAAGGUAUUCCAAUCCUUUCUCCAGCUUCACCACAGCGAGUCCUUCAUCCACGUCGGCUCGCCGAGUUCUGCUAGGUGUCCCGCGGAUGCCCACGACUGUCGGAAGAUUGAUCAUCUGGUGGUGACCGCCGAAUGUGUCACCUCAGACGGAUCCAAGCUCUACGCACUGUUGCCGGCCGAUGUGGAGAUGCACCGAUG